AUGUCUCGAGCAUUGGAACAUGAUUACAUAGGGUUGGCAGAGAAACCGCCAACGGACGGAGGCUCUGACAAACCUCCUUCUUCUUCUUCUUCAUCAUCAUCUUCGUCUUCUGAGGAUGGUAAAACCUUAUCACUCAACUUGAAGGAGACGGAACUGAGGCUUGGCCUCCCUGGUUGCGAGUCUCGAGAGAGAAAAUCAGGUGCUGGACUCUGUCUUUUUGGCAAAGAGUUGCAGAACAAGAAUAAUGUUUGUUCAGUUGCAAGCCCUUUGAAGGCUGGGGCUAAGAGGGGCUUCUCUGAUGCUAUUGACACUUCUUCUGGGAAAAGGUGUUCUUCUGUCACUGAUGGAUCUCAAGGAGCUGCUUUGUUCUCUCCUAGAGGAGGCAUUGUUGGGAAGCCUCUUAUUGGUUUAGACACUCAGACUAAUACCCCACUGGCUAACACCUCCAUCAAAGAGGUUGCUGCAGUUCCUCAAUCUGCCAAACCGGUUCAGGAGAAGAAUGAUCAGGUUUCUGCAACAAAUGGUCAUGCCAGUGCUCCAUCUGCAAAGGCACAAGUCGUGGGAUGGCCACCAAUUCGAUCUUUUCGAAAGAACACGAUGGCAUCUAAUUUGUCAAAGAACAAUGAUGAAGGCGAGGGAAAACCUGGGCUUGGUUGUCUCUAUGUAAAAGUCAGUAUGGCUGGUGCCCCUUAUCUUAGAAAGGUUGAUCUCAAAACCUACAACAACUACAUGGAACUUUCUUCAGCUCUUGAGAAAAUGUUCAGCUGUUUUACCAUCGGUCAAUGCAAUUCUCCUGGACUUCCUGGUAAAGAUGGACUAAGUGAGAGCUGUUUGAGGGAUCUUCUCCAUGGAUCUGAAUAUGUUCUUACAUAUGAAGAUAAAGAUGGAGACUGGAUGCUUGUGGGUGAUGUUCCUUGGGAGAUGUUCACUGAUUCAUGUCGGAGACUAAGAAUCAUGAAAGGCUCUGAGGCAAUUGGGCUAGCUCCAAGGGCCAUGGAGAAAUCUAGAAGCCGAAACUAA